AUGCGCGAGGCCGAGAAUCAGGCCGAAGAGGUGGAGCGGAUGGCAGCUGCAGUGGAGGAACAAAGAAGGGCUUUAAAUGCCCCAUUGGUUGCUCAUGUUGCCACCGACGACGAGCCUCGGAGCGAGGAGCCACCGGUAGUCCUCGAUGCUCUUCAAGUUGCUCGUAUGGUUCCAGACAACGAGGAAGAGGGCUUCGAGGAGGAAAGCGAAUCGGAUGCUUCUCCGUUGACGCUGGAGGAACAGAGGGCUUUGAUGGACGAGGCCAUCACAAGGGCACGACGGAUGUUGUGCGAUGUCUCUGUCUCUGUGGAGGCGGGGACGGAACCUCCUCCAAGUUUCAAGCCUCUGGAAACCGAGUCCUGGGGUACUUGGACCGCCGGGCCGACUCGAAAAGAGUUAUUCCUGAAGUGGGAGGCCGCUAUCUAUGCAGAUGCUGGGCAGUACGAUGUGUGGGAAAGUCACCACAGGAUGGGCGAACCCAUCCCUUUAUGUCGGGACUGCUUAGGGCACCCGAUCAAUAUGCUCAGCAAGGUGGCCCACGACCCCGACUACCUUCCCAAGUACUGCACCGGUGGGGUUUUGCCUGCAAUGGACUUGGAGCCGGACCAAGUCGAGUGUGUCCCGGUUUGCCCUGGGGAUCCAGCGGGAAUUAUACCCCCGGAACGGUGCUACAUCCUACAGGAGCCCAAGGAUCUGGAAAGAUACUUUGGUCCAAAACGCUUCGCGGAGGUAGAAAUCCUCACGACAGAGCUCUUGGAUGCCCAUUACAAGAUUUUGGACGACCUCAACGAGGCCGAAAGUCUUCGAGGAUUCGGUGUAACGGAGGAGAUGGUGAACAAGGCCCUCGAAGAGGUGUCUUCUUCACUUACCAGUGGUGCCUCAUUCCACCCUCAUGUUCGGCCGAAUUCCAAUGUGCAUACGCUCAUUUACAAGUACCUACUUCGAGCAGCACGAGUGCUUCGUGUGCACAGCCUUCACAGCCAUCAGUACUACGACAUCGAGGCUACCCUUUUGGAGCCACCAGAUGGAGUACAAGGAUGGCACGUGGAUGUGUGUUGGGAUCUUCUGGGUCGACAGCUUCGAAGCAGGGCCCUCGAAUUCCACAAGAUGGCAGAAGAUCGUCGAGCAAAGCGUGCUCAACGUCCAAAGGCGCGACCUGCGCCACCACAGCUCGAAGAAGAUCCUACCUCGGAAGAGGAAGAGGACGUCGAUUCGUCCAUCCUCAAGGAAUACACCGAGCUGGGGUGGUACGUGCAGAAGGUGCUCGAGGAAAUUCGUGGUGGAAAUUUGGCGCCAUCUCCGAAGAUCUACUUGGAAGGACAAAUGGUGAAUGCCCCCUCGACUCAUGGAGGUACACAGAGGCCGGCGGAACCACCUUCACCGGCAAUGGUGCCACCGGAGCCGCCUUCACCAUCAGGAGUUUUGGCUCCAACGGAACCACCAUCACCCGCGGAAUCCAUGGCGCCACCUCUACCUCCACCAGUUCCUCGGUUCAAAAUGCCUCAAAGGUAUCGGAUCGCGGUCGUUCCAGAAGCCCACGAAGGCUGCGACAUUCGGAUGUAG